UCCACCGAUUUUUUUUUUUGUUUUAUAAUUCCAAUCGAUCUGAACCCACAAAGAAAUCUCGAAAUUCCUUCACCAGAUAGAUCGCAGCCAUGGCUACAUCUCCGGCGUUCUUCUCCUCGAUUCUCAACUUCCCCAAUUCCAAAAUCACAAACCCUAAUUUGGGUUCCCGCAGGAUGAACUCCGGGGUCAGAAAACCCCAAAUUCCCCCCAAUUUCCACACCUCCGGACACCGCAUUUCCGUCGCCGACGCCUCCCCAUCGCCGUCGUGCUCGUGCAACUCAGCCACCAUCUCCAAUUCGCUAACCCUAGAUCACGACAGCAUCAACGACGAGGAGCUGAAGAAAGCCGAAUCGAAAUUGGGGGCGAAGGUUCGGGUCAAGGCGCCGCUCGUAGUCUACCAUAUCCCCAAAUUGCCGGAGCUCGAUUUGACGGGUAAAGUUGGAGUCUUGAAGCAGUACGUCGGCGUUCAUAAAGGUAAGAAAAUAUCUGCGAAUUUGCCGUACAAGAUCGAGUUUGUGGCCGAUGAUUUACCCGGGCGUGACGGUAAGCCCGUGAAAUUCUCCGCUCAUUUAAGGGAAGAUGAGUUUGAAUUUCUUGAUUGAUUUAUUGAUUGAUUGAUUUUCUGUUUCGAUUGGGAAAUCAUGGUUUUUAUUGUUUUCUCCGGUGGGGGUAGUUAGUUUUUGUAAUAAUAAUUUUGUCUGCAGGGCUACUAUACUUGCUCUUACCACAUUGUAGAUAAUUUGUACUGUUUGUAUUUUCGUUAUUUUACGCCGGUCUUAUUACAUGAAAUGGCCUUUUUCGAAAUGUUGUUGUUGCCUUUGUGUAUU